GAACUUAUAAGACCAAGUGGGACCCUGGUUCCACUAGGAACUUAUAAGACCAAGUGGGACCUGGUUCCACUAGGAACUUAUAAGACCAAGUGGGACCUGGUUCCACUAGGAACUUAUAAGACCAAGUGGGACCUGGUUCCACUUGGAACUUAUAAGACCAAGUGGGACCUGGUUCCACUAGGAACUUAUAAGACCAAGUGGGACCUGGUUCCACUAGGAACUUAUAAGACCAAGUGGGACCUGGUUCCACUAGGAACUUAUAAGACCAAGUGGGACCUGGUUCCACUUGGAACUUAUAAGACCAAGUGGGACCUGGUUCCACUAGGAACUUAUAAGACCAAGUGGGACCUGGUUCCACUAGGAACUUAUAAGACCAAGUGGGACCUGGUUCCACUAGGAACUUAUAAGACCAAGUGGGACCUGGUUCCACUUGGUACUUAUAAGACCAAGUGGGACCUGGUUCCACUAGGAACUUAUAAGACCAAAUGGGACCUGGUUCCACUAGGAACUUAUAAGACCAAGUGGGACCUGGUUCCACUUGGAACUUAUAAGACCAAGUGGGACCUGGUUCCACUAGGAACUUAUAAGACCAAGUGGGACCUGGUUCCACUAGGAACUUAUAAGACCAAGUGGGACCUGGUUCCACUAGGAACUUAUAAGACCAAGUGGGACCUGGUUCCACUAGGAACUUAUAAGACCAAGUGGGACCUGGUUCCACUUGGAACUUAUAAGACCAAGUGGGACCUGGUACCACUGAGUCCUUAG